CCGUCGACAGCGCAGCUUGACUUUCAGCCAAUCAUUAAAGGAGCCUGUGUGACGUAACCCCGUCAGCUGUUCUUGUUUUUGCUUCGGUUUAACUGUUAUUUUUCCUGCGGGCUCUGGAUGUCCGAGCCCUCCGGAGAACCGCGCCGACACCGAAUCUGAGCGUCGAUCCAGCGGGGAGAGCCAGCAGCAGCCUGCCGCCGCCGGACCCGCAGGACCCGCUCCCCGGUUCUCCUGAGCUGGGGCCGUCCUCCGCCGCAGACAUCGAGCCAAGAGGCGCGACGGAUCCCGGGCCUCCAGUCCAGUUCGGAGGGAGGGAAGGAGGUCGCUGGGGAGCGGGAUGGAGGAAGCGGACGGAGCGGGCGAGCCGGGCCGCCAGUUCGGCUGCGCCUCUUUCAACCAGGACUCCACGUCACUGGCGAUGGGAACCAGGAGUGGCUACAAGCUUUUCUCUCUGACCUCGGUGGAAAAACUGGACUGCAUCCAUGAGAGUGCAAACACUCCAGAUGUCUACAUCGUAGAGCGUCUGUUCUCCAGCAGUUUGGUCGUGGUGGUGAGCGCUGCCAUGCCGCAGCGGAUGAACAUCUAUCACUUUAAGAAAGGGACGGAGAUUUGUAACUACAGCUACCCCAACAAAAUCCUUACCAUCAAGCUCAACAGACAGAGGCUGGUGGUUUUCCUCGAGGAGUCCAUUUAUGUCCACAACAUUAAAGACAUGAAACUUCUCAAGACUCUGCUCAACACUCCUUCCAACCCCUCAGGUCUCUGUGCUCUUUCCACCAAUCAUUCCAGCUCCUACCUGGCAUAUCCUGGCAGCGUCACUUCUGGGGACAUCAUUAUACAUGACACCAACAAUUUGAGCACAGUGGCCAUGAUCCCGGCACAUGACAGUCCUCUGGCAGGGCUUGCCUUCAACGCCUCAGCCACCAAACUUGCCAGCGCCUCGGAGAGGGGCACAGUGAUCCGAGUCUUCUCCGUUCCUGAGGGCGAGCGUCUGUUCGAGUUCCGCAGAGGCAUGAAGAGGUAUGUCAACAUUAGCUCCUUGUCCUUCAGUCCUGAUGGCCAGUUCCUCUGUUCUUCCAGCAACACGGAGACUGUACACAUCUUUAAACUGGAACAAGUGGGACCAAGUAGAGAAGAUGAGGCUGCCACAUGGACAGCUUAUAUGGGGAAGAUGUUCUCAGCAGCCAGCAGCUACCUCCCUGGUCCGGUGUCUGGCAUGAUGAGCCAGGACCGGGCCUUCGCUACCGUUCACCUCUUCUCAUCUGGUCAGAGGAACGUUUGCACCUUAGUCACGAUCCAGAGGCUCCUGCGGUUGAUGGUGGCCACUGCUGACGGCCAGCUGUUCAUCUAUAACGUAGAUCCGCAGGAUGGCGGCGAAUGCCAGCUAGCUUACCAACACAGGCUGAUUGGUGUUGAUGAAAACCACAGGGGAGGAACAAAUUCAGAGGCAGGGCAGCUCACACAGGAAACCCACUCCUCUCCAUCUUAUGCACAAACUGCUGCCUUACCAGCCUCAGGUUGUGCCACCACAACCCUCACUGGUUACUCUGAAGAUGGCGGGGCGAAAAAGGGGGAAGUCAUUCCUGAGCACGAGUUUGCCGCCGGGCCUGUGUGUCUGGAUGAUGAGAAUGAGUUCCCUCCUGUGAGCAACCAGAAGUUCUAAAUAUCAGCCCUAGAUCCCUGACACCAGCUGGCUGUUUAUCAACUCAUGCCGCAACGUGGCUGGAGAUGGCCAGAGGUGAGUCUGUGGAAGAACUAAUGGAUGGGCAUCAGCCAGCAAGAUGAGCGGAGAGGUCAAGUUUCAGGGUGGCAAACAAUAACUGCAUGAAGAGAAGAAAACACCUAAAGGUUUUACAGCCAGGAAGACUAGCUGUCUGGGAUUUCCAAAAUAAACGUUUGAGAAUGAUCGUGUUAAAGAAUCACUGUUGGUUUUAUACAUCACCCAGAUUACUAGUCUAAAGCAAAAAAUGUGGCUCGAGUGGGAAUGCCGGCUGAAUUUGAUUCCCUUGGUCCUUCAAAUCCACAUGUUUGACUUCUCUGCUAGUAUGAGGUGCAUGCUGGGUAGGAAAUGUAACCACAGCUUUUAUUUUACCGUUACUUGUCAAAUAUACUAUUGACGUGCAUUAUUGUAGCACAGUUAGGUUUUUUUCUUAUUUCAGUUUACAUAUCAUGUUUUUCCUGUAAAUAGUAUUCUAUUGCAUUAAACACGUUCGAUGUUUCUCUAUGUGCCUCCUGAAGAAACUUCAGAAGGUGGAUAAGUACUGUAUGUUUCUUUGUGCCUCAUAAUUUUUGUAAAAGUAAAAUGUAUUUUACUAAAUUGCACAAGACCAAAAAAAAAAAGAAGAAGAAACUGAUUAAUAAACUCAUAGAAGACUGAAACUAUGCAAAACAAUA